AUGGAUGCCAAAGUUCUAAAUCAUUCACUAACCACUACUAACUCUACACCGGCUAAGAGCUAUAUACCGUCACAACGUUACUGUACAGCUCCAAACGUGGAAAUCGGUGAAUCGAAGACGAAUUUGAUCAUUAACUAUUUGCCUCAAGGUAUGACACAGGAGGAAGUAAGAUCGCUUUUUGCAAGUGUUGGCGAGAUCGAAUCCUGUAAACUCGUCCGAGACAAAAUGACAGGCCAGAGUCUUGGUUAUGGUUUUGUUAACUAUUCACGCGAAGACGAUGCUCUCAAGGCAGUUUCAUCGUUCAACGGCCUACGACUACAAAACAAGACCAUCAAGGUUUCUUAUGCUCGGCCAAGUAAUGAGAACAUCAAAGGCUCGAAUCUUUACGUCUCCGGUAUACCGAAGUCAAUGACAUUAAAUGAGUUGGAAGUAAUUUUUCGACCUUUCGGACAAAUUAUCACUUCUCGUAUUCUUUCUGAUAACAUCACAGGCUUAUCUAAAGGUGUGGGGUUCGUUCGCUUUGACAAGAAGGAAGAGGCCGAACUGGCAAUACAAACACUAAAUGGUACUGUACCUGCCGGCUGUACGGAUCAAAUUACCGUGAAAUUUGCUAACAAUCCCGCUACAAACAGUGUAAAAAGUGUUCUUCAAGAGCUUGAAGCGGCUCAACAAGUAGCUGCUACUAAUCUACUGCCUCUUACUCUUCUUGGAGCUAGUGCACCUCUUCGUUCUACCAUUGGUCCAAUACAUCACACUCCUCUAGCAACCAAAUAUCGGUACUCUCCUCUAGGCCCGACUGUAGCUGCAAGCACUGCUGCGCCAACUCUAACCGCACAGGCAGCCGAUUACCUCGCGGCUGUGCUUCAGAUGAGCCAAAUGAAUGCUCUAGCUGGUAAUUUGGGUGAAACAUGGGCAAGAUUGGUUCCUACUGAGAGACGUAAUCAAUGUGAAGACUUCUCGCGGAUAGUGCGGAAUACUUUAGUUUUACCUUCGCUAACUUUAGUAAGUAUGGAUUUAGGCAUGGCUGCAACAGCACCUGCGGCGACGCAGUUGGCUACCUUAGCGUCACCUGUACCUGCUCCUGCCGAGCCAGCUGGUUUUUGUCUUUUCGCCUACAACUUAGGUCAGGAUACUGAGGAUAGUCUUCUUUGGCAAUUAUUUGGACCGUUUGGAGCCGUCUUGAGUGUGAAGGUGGUUCGUGACUUUGCAACGGGGAAAUGUAAAGGCUAUGCUUUUAUAACAAUGAUGAACUACGCGGACGCUUGCAAUGCAAUUGCGGCACUGAAUGGAACCCAAAUUGCUGGCCGAUCUUUACAAGUUGGAAUGGCCGGUGUGUCGCAGUGA